UACAUUCUUCUCCCAAUUGGCUGUUUCCAUUACCCUUUGAGUUGAGCCGCGCAUGCGUGAAGGGUUUAACGAGCGGCCGCAGUGAUUGUGCCCCGUUAACGGAACCUGCUGCUUAUCCGCUAUGUCCCUGCACGGGAAACGGAAGGAAAUCUACAAGUACGAGGCGCCAUGGACCGUGUAUGCCAUGAACUGGAGUGUGAGGCCGGACAAGAGGUUCCGUCUGGCCCUUGGCAGCUUUGUGGAGGAAUAUAACAAUAAGGUGCAGCUGGUCGGCCUCGAUGAAGAGAGCUCCGAGUUCAUCUGCAGGAACACCUUCGACCAUCCGUAUCCUACCACCAAGCUCAUGUGGAUUCCCGACACCAAGGGCGUCUACCCUGACCUCCUGGCCACCAGCGGCGACUACCUGCGCGUCUGGAGGGUUGGGGAAACAGAGACCCGCCUGGAAUGUCUGUUGAACAACAACAAAAAUUCAGACUUUUGUGCCCCUCUCACCUCCUUUGAUUGGAAUGAAGUGGACCCUAAUCUACUGGGAACUUCCAGUAUUGACACCACCUGCACCAUCUGGGGUCUAGAGACUGGGCAGGUCCUUGGCAGGGUCAACCUCGUGUCCGGACACGUGAAAACACAGCUUAUCGCCCACGACAAGGAGGUGUAUGACAUCGCCUUCAGCCGUGCUGGCGGCGGGCGUGACAUGUUUGCUUCCGUGGGAGCCGACGGCUCUGUGCGCAUGUUUGACCUGCGCCACCUGGAACACAGCACCAUCAUAUACGAAGACCCCCAACACCACCCGCUGCUCCGACUGUGCUGGAACAAGCAGGAUCCCAACUAUCUGGCCACCAUGGCUAUGGAUGGCAUGGAGGUGGUUAUCCUGGAUGUCCGUGUGCCCUGCACGCCAGUGGCCAGGCUUAACAACCACCGUGCCUGCGUCAACGGUAUUGCCUGGGCCCCGCACUCAUCCUGCCACAUCUGUACCGCCGCCGAUGACCACCAGGCCCUAAUAUGGGAUAUCCAGCAGAUGCCACGCGCGAUCGAGGACCCCAUCCUGGCAUACACGGCGGAGGGAGAAAUCAAUAACGUGCAGUGGGCUAGCACUCAGCCAGACUGGAUCGCCAUCUGCUACAACAACUGCCUCGAGAUCCUCAGAGUCUGAUAAUUAUUUAUUCCCGUCUCUUCUGUCCCAAACCCUACCCGCUCCGCCCGUCUCCGAGUUUUAUACGGUCAGAGGUCCUCUGUUUUUUUAACUCCUAGGCUCCGGAAUCUCUUUAAAAAAAAUGUAAAAAAAGAAAAUGUUAUGGAUUCCGGGCCCUUUUUCAAUCUGAAAUUGUAGCGCAGAGGCCCCGGCAGGAGGAGCCGCUCCGUUCCGGACACAUAGAUAGCCGGUGAUGCUUAUUAGGUCAGUUAUGGGGGAGAGGAACCGAACGGGUCUGGAAUAAACUUCGUCCCUUUUUACGGACUCUUUUCUUCCGCUUCACAUAAACGGCUUGAUGUCUUGUAUCUUAUUUGUGUGUUUUAAUGGUAUUUUUGGGGGAGGGGGGGUCUGCUAGCGGGAUUUAACCCUUUGUAUUGUUAUAAUCCCCAUGUAUACACUUAUAUAUUGUGUUUGUGUUUCCAAGCACCUGUUAAGAAGGAAUGCUCUGAAAUUCCUGACAGUGUAGACUUUAUUAUGUCGUUGUAGUCCAUACCCUUCGUUAUAUAUAUAAUUUCUUUUCACCAUAUAAAUUGGACGUGUUCAUGGACACUUUCAAACAAUGCAUCUUGUUAGGCCAGGCAGGGAAGGGGUUAAGGGGCAUAUCUUUUGCUGCAGGACUUGUUGAUUUAAAGCCUUGUGAAUGGACUACAAUAAACUUGCCAUUUUUUGUACUCUCA